CAUCUCCCUUCCCACCUUUGAAGGUCGCGGGGAUCCUCUCCUUGGCCCCCUGCCUCCUUGGCCUGAUGCGGCUGCACGACGCGGGCCCCAGAGCCUUGUGCUUAGAGCCGCUGGGUACCAUCCUGCCCUGUUCAUCUGCCGCGGUACCUAAAGAGCACUCCCGCUGCGGGCAACCUCUUGCUUGGGGCUGGAAGUUCCUGCCCUUCACUGGUUGCCUCAGGAACCCUGGCACAAAAAGGUGUAAUGUCUCCCGGCAGAGCUCAGAGGCACGGCUUUCUUGGCAGCAGUGCAGAAGUGGUUAAUUUUCAAAGUUUCCCAAAGUAAUCUUGGUGUUCCCUAGUGGUCUCCCAUCCCGGUGCUGACCCUUUGCAUACUUUGGGGUUGUAUAUCUGGAUGUAAUUGAUGGCAGGAGUCACAGCAGAACUAGACGAGGGGCCUUUCUUGCUUUUCUGAAAUCAGCCAGUGAGGCAGGAGGGCGGAGAAAACAGCUGUGAGGUCCUUGCACACUUUCUCUCUUUCCACAAGGGAUGUGGCGGUUCUGUCCACUUAUCUCACCCCCCCCUUUUAUGCAGCGCCACCGUGAGCCGUGGUCGCCGCUCUGGUUCUUCCUUCCUCCGCACCCCACAGCAGUAGCAGGGAGCUUCUCUUUGGCUGGCCGGUUGGGGGGGAAGCAGCACAUGCUCUGAUUUCAUCAGGUGUCGUCACCACUGGAUCCCCUCCUCUUCCUUUCGGCAACCGAUUGGAAAGAGAUCGAAAGCAAGUAAACGGAAACGCUUCUUUGCGCAGCACAAAACUAAUCUGCAGAAUUCAUUGCCAUUCAUUGUGACGUGGUGGUGGCCACGAGCUUGGGUGGAUUGAGAAGACGACUGGAGAAAUGUGUGAUGGGGGGCUGUCAGGCUUGAGACUCAGUGACCCUUCUGGGUCGGGGGCAUCCUGGCUGCGUCUCCACCUCCUGCUGACGAGCGCUCGGCUUUUCCUCGGGACCACGGGGCCGUGUCACGGAAGGCCGCUGCUUCGGGAGGACGUUAAUUUGUGCCCGGGCGUAAUCAUUUCCGAUGCGCGCUUUGUGUCCUUUGCCGAGUCCUCUCCAGGACCUGACCUUGGUUCCUCUCAUCCUGCUUCUCUUCUAGGUUGAGGGCGGCGGCGGCAGCAGCAGCAGCAGCAAUGUUGGGACAAGAGCCUCUGUGGGCAGAGAGCGCUUGAAGAGGACCCAGAAAAUUAUGAAAGCAGAAGGUUGCGAUUCAGCCAUGCCUCAAGCAUCACCUAAUGAAGAUGCCGCAGCAAUGACUGAAGUGAAGGUGAAGACAGAAGUCCCAGAUGACUAUAUUCAGGAGGUGAUCUGGCAGGAUGACCCAAAAGAGCCGAAGAAGAACUUGAAAGGUGGUGGGGUGGCCGAGGUGCCUGCAGAAAUUUGUGUGGUGAUUGGUGGGGUCCGCAACCAGCAGACUCUCGGGUCAUAUGAGUGUGGAAUAUGUGGAAAGAAAUAUAAGUACUACAAUUGUUUCCAGACCCACGUUCGAGCACACAGAGACACAGAAGCUGCAUCAGGCGAAGGAGCCUCCCCUGGAAAUAACUUUAGGUACACGUGUGACAUUUGUGGGAAGAAGUACAAAUACUACAGUUGCUUCCAAGAGCACAGAGAUCUGCAUGCAGUGGAUGACCCCUACGACCAAGCAAUGAUUGCCAAGGAGGAGGUGAAAGAAGAGGAGCCUGAACCCUUUCAGAAGAUUGGUCCAAAAACAGGCAACUAUACCUGUGAAUUCUGUGGCAAGCAGUAUAAGUACUACACACCGUACCAGGAACACGUGGCCCUUCACGCACCAAUCAAGUACUCUCGAUCUCCACUCUUCGUGGCUGUGAAGACCCAAGCGAGCCAAUCGGGCAAAAAAACGCCGACGGCGUCCAUAAUCCGAUGUUCCACCCUCCUCCACCGCACUCCCUCCGGUAUCCCACCGGCAUCCCAGUCACAGAUGUUCCGCGCUCCAAAUUCUGGAUCCCCGGGAAGCAAGGCCACGACAGCAGAAAGCGCUUUCAGUCGGAGAGUGGAAAGCAAAAUGCAAAACAACUUUGAAGAAACUAACAGCAGCUCCCAAAACUCUAGUGAAACCGCCAGUCCUCUGGUUUCAAAUCCUUUACCGCUUUGGCAAAAGCCAUACACCUGUGGGGCCUGCGGCAUCCAGUUCCAAUUCUACAACAAUCUCCUUGAACAUAUGCAGUCCCACGCAGCUGACAAUGAAAACAACAUUGCCUCAAACCAGCCCAGGUCACCUCCAGCUGUGGUGGAAGAGAAGUGGAAGCCACAGUCACAGAGGAAUAACUCCAACAACACGUCAGCUGGCAGUUCCCUCCUGAACAGCCCAAUCCCCGAGAAGGAGCGGCAGAACAUAGCAGAGAGGCUGCUGAGGGUGAUGUGUGCUGAUCUGGGGACGUUGAGCGUGGUGAGCGGCAAAGAGUUCAUUAAGCUGGCGCAAACUCUCGUGGACAACGGUGCCCGCUAUGGCGCCUUCUCUGUUACGGAGAUCCUCGGCAACUUCAACACGCUAGCCCUCAAGCAUUUGCCCCGGAUGUACAACCAGGUGAAAGUGAAGGUUACUUGCGCUCUUGGCAGCAAUGCCUGCUUGGGCAUUGGCGUUACCUGUCACUCGCAGAGCGUUGGCCCCGAUUCCUGCUACAUUCUGACUGCGUACCAGGCGGAAGGCAGCAGCAUCAAGAGUUAUGUCCUGGGGAUCAAGGGGGUGGACAUUCGCGAUAACGGGGACUUGGUCCACCACUGGGUGCAGAACGUGCUUUCCGAGUUUGUUAUGUCUGAGAUCCGGACCGUGUACGUCACAGACUGCAAAGUGAACUCCUCCGCGUUUUCCAAGGCAGGCAUGUGUUUGCGCUGCUCUGCAUGUGCCUUGACCUCAGUGGUGCAGAGCGUGCUUAACAAGCGCACCCUCCAAGCACGCAACAUGCACGAGGUCAUAGAGCUGCUGAAUGUCUGUGAGGACCUGGCAGGCUCAGCAGGAAUCUCCAAGGAGACCUUUGGCUCCCUGGAGGAGACCUCACCUCCCCCCUGCUGGAACUCCAUCACAGACUCUCUGCUGCUUGUCCACGAACGCUACGAGCAGAUCUGCGAAUUUUAUAGCCGGGCCAAGAAACUGAACCUUAUCCAGAACCUCAACAAGCACCUGCUGAGCAACCUAGCGGCCAUCUUGGCUCCGGUGAAGCAGGCCGUCAUUGAACUGAGCAACGAGAGCCGGCCCACGUUGCAGCUGGUGCUGCCCACCUACGUGAAACUGGAGAAACUCUUCACCUCAAAGGCCAACGACGCAGGCAUUGUCAGCAAGCUGUGCCACCUGUUCCUGGAAGCCCUGAAAGAGAACUUCAAGGUCCACUCGGCGCACAAGGUGGCCAUGAUUCUGGACCCUCAGCAGAAACUGCGCCCAGUCCCACCUUACCAGCACGAGGAGAUCAUUGGCAAGGUGUGUGAGCUGAUCCACGAGGUGAAGGAAUCUUGGGCCGAGGACCCCGAGUUUGAACCUUCCUCCAAAAAAUCCCGGACCUCAAGCGAGAGUUCGCCGACUCGGGAGGAAGAUCGGUCGGGCAAAAGCGAGGUCUAUGACUACUUGCAAGAACCCCUUUUCCAGGCCCCCCCCGACCUCUUCCAGUACUGGUCCUGCGUGACGCAGAAGCACACCAAGCUGGCCCGGCUGGCCUUCUGGCUCCUCGCGGUGCCAGCCGUGGGGGCCAGAAGCAACUGCGUCAACAUGUGCGAACAAGCCCUCUUGAUUAAGAGGCGGCGACUGCUGAGUCCUGAGGAUAUGAACAAGCUCAUGUUCUUGAAGUCCAACAUGCUUUAAAACUAGGAUGGGGGUUGGGGAGGGAACGGCAUCCUUCCAGAACGCGUCCCCGCCACAUGCAAACACUGUUCCAAACCCAGAAUCCACUGUGGACCUCAUUCGGAAUGCCCUGGGAAAUAAAAAGUGCUUUUUAUACAUA